UUAAAAAAAUAUUUUUCAAACUAUAAAAUUAUACGUCAAUAAAGAUACUGGUGGAGUGUUUUAUACUUCUUCAUUCUUGAUAAAAGGUCUCGAAUUCGAGUCCCUCACGUGUACAAAAGUCAUCCUUUUCAAGGAGAGCGAAUCCCAAUUUACUCGAGCUUCAAUGUGAGCGAUCAGACACCAAAUGAAAAACAAAACAAAAAAAUUAUAAAGUAGUACUCUCUCCGUCUGCUAUUCUAUUUAUAUAAUACUUUGAAAUGUUAAACAACAAACACAAUCCAAUUUCUUAUUCUUCUCCCUUCAUCUCAUCACUUUCUACCAAAAAAAAAAAAAAACACAAAUUUUUCUCCAAAAAAAAUAAAAUGAAUGACCAUCAAGAGCAUAUAGUAAUCCUUCCAUUUCUUGCACUUGGCCAUAUGAUACCUUUCAUAGCCUUAGCAAAAAAAAUUCAAGAAAAAACUAACUACAAAAUCACUAUUGUUAGUACCCCUUUAAAUGUCAAAUAUCUAAGUUCAACUAUAGCAAAAGAUUCAAUUAAUUCAAACAACAUUUCAUUAGUUUCACUUCCUUAUAACAGUAUUGAGCAUGGUUUACCACCAAAUACAGAGAACACAGAGGCUUUACCAUUAAAACACAUGGUAACAAUUUUCAACUCAACAUUAUCUCUUAAAGAGCCACUCAAAAGAUUGAUUCUUGAAAUUAUUGAAAAAGAUGGUAAGCCCCCUCUUUGUAUAGUUUCUGAUACAUUUAUGGGAUUUGCAAGUGAAGUUGCAAGAUCUUGUGGAACUUUUAAUGUGAGUUUUACUACUUCUGGUGCUUAUGGAACAGCAGCUUAUGUGUCAAUAUGGCUAAAUCUUCCUCAUUUGUUGGCUAUUGAUGGGGUUUUCAAAAUGCCUGGUUUUGAUGAUUCUUGUUGUUUUUUCUCUGUUGAACAACUUCAUACAUUUAUGAAAUUAGCUAAUGGGGAUGACCCUUGGUCUAAAGUGUUGAAAUCUUUGUUGUUACCUUCUUUUGAUUCUAUAGGGUUUUUGUGUAAUAGUGUUGAGGAUAUUGAACCUAUGGGGGUUAAAGCUAUCAAGAAUCUUACUGAACUUCCUGUUUGGUGUAUUGGACCUUUGCUUCCUCUAUGUAUGCUCAAGAAAUGUGAAAAAGAUUCAAUCUUUGAGUCAAGAAGUGGUAAAGAUUCAAUCUUUGAGUCAAGAAAUGGUAAAGAUUCAAGAUUUGAAUCAAGAAGUGGUAAAGAUCCAAUCUUUGAGUCAAGAAAUGGUAAAGAUUCAAUCUUUGAGUCAAGAAAUGGUAAAGAUUCAAUCUUUGAAUCAAGAAGUGAUAAAGAUUCAAUUUUUGAAUCAAGAAUAGGUAAAGAACAUGGGUUGUCACCAGAAGAAUGUAUUUCUUGGUUGAAUGAACAUCCUGAAAGAUCUGUUCUUUACAUAUCUUUUGGUUCACAAAACACAAUUAGUACAUCACAAAUGAUGGCAUUGGCUAUGGGGUUGGAAGAAAGUGAAAGGCCAUUCAUUUGGGUGAUUAGGCCACCUAUUGGUUUUGACAUAAAAGGUGAGUUUAGAUCUGAAUGGUUACCAAAAGGGUUUCAAGAAAGAGUGUCAAAGAGUCAAAAAGGUCUACUAGUGAAAUCUUGGGCACCCCAAUUGCAAAUCUUGAGUCAUAGUUCAACGGGUGCGUUCUUGACUCAUUGUGGAUGGAAUUCGGCAUUGGAGAGUUUGAGUCAAGGGGUGCCUAUCAUUAGUUGGCCUUUGGCUGGUGAACAAGCAUUUAAUUCAAAGAUGUUGAUGGAGGAAAUGGGGGUUUGUGUUGAGUUAACUAAAUGGUAUUCAAGUGAUGUUGAUAAAGAGGAUGUGAAGAAAGUGGUGGAAAUUGUUUUGGGAGAAAGUGGAAAAGGGAGAGAAAUGAAGGAAAAAGCUAAUAAAAUUGGGAUGUGUAUUAGAGAUGCUGUUAAAGAAGAAGGGGAUUUUAAAGGUUCAUCUGUUAAAGCAUUGGAUGAUUUCAUAUCUACACUACUUUAUAGAAGAAAUAUGUCAUCUUAAGAAAGGAAUUCGGAAGAAUCGAGGAUCUUUCUGAAAUAGUAUCUCUUCCUCCAUGAGGCAAGGGUAAGUAUAUGUAUACUAUACCCUCCUCAAACCCCGACAUGUAAAAUUAUAUUAGGUAUGUUGUUGUCGUUAUCAUUGUAUUACUUUGUAGGUCACCCUUUUUCAGAACUUUUCUAUCUUCACAAGAUAGAGGUAAAAGUUGUUGAUACGUCACCCUUUUUCAGAACUCACUCAUGAAAUUACUGGAUUUGUUAUGAUUGUUGUACUACUUUGUAAUAGAAAUAUGUGACCUUAAGAAGGAAUUUGGAACAAAGGGAUUUUAUGA